AUGGGGAAGACGGCAAGUCCCGUCGAGUCGGCCGUGUCCGUCCUCGAGACACCGGCCGGUUCCGUCCCCGCGGCGCCGCAAACGCACCUGGCCAAACGGUCCGACCGCUAUGCCGACGAGAGCUACCGGCUGCUCUCGUCGAUCAAGGUCGAGCCGCCAACGCCCGACGAAGCAGCCCGGCUCCGGCGCAAGGCCAUCCGCUGGAUCCUGCCCCUGAUCUGUGUCGGCUACCACCUGAUGUACGUCGACAAGCAGACGCUCGGCAGCUCGGCGAUUCUGGGCAUCCUGGACGACGCGCACCUCAGCGCCAACCAGUACAACUGGCUGUCGUCCAUCUUCUACGUGGGCUACCUGCUGGCCGAAUGGCCGCAGAACCUGGCCCUGCAGCGCUUCCCCGUGGGCAAGUGGCUGGCGGGCAACCUGAUCGUCUGGGGCGGCAUCCUGCUGCUGCACAUCCCCUGCCGCAGCUUCGGCGCGCUCUUUGCCGUGCGCUUCCUCCUGGGCCUGGCCGAGGCCUGCGUCGUGCCCGCGUUCCUGCUGACGCUCUCCAUGUUCUUCACGUACGACGAGCAGGCGUGGCUGAUGCCGAGCAUGUGGGCCGCCGGCAACUCGAGCCCCAUCUCGUCGGGCCUGCUGUCGUACGGCGUGCUCUUCAUCGAGACGGGCGGCUUCGCGCCGUGGAAGUGGUUCAUGGUGAUUACCGGCACGCUGACGGUGCUGUACGGCGUGGCCGUGUGGUUCUUUUUCCCCGACAGCCCCGUGUCCGCGCAUUUCUACAAGACGCCCAACGAGCGCGCGCAGUCAAUCCUGCGCAUUGCCUCCAACCACUCGGGCAUCGAGCAGAAGCGGUUCCAGCGCUACCAGCUGGUCGAGGCCCUCACGGACCCCAAGACGUGGCUCUUUUUUUUUCACGCCUGGUCGCAGGAGAUGGCCAACGGCCUGACCAACCAGUACUCGCUCAUCAUCCAGUCGUUUGGCUUCACGACGCUGCAGACGACGCUGCUCGGCUGCCUGACGGGCCUCGUGUCCCUGGUGUCGCUGCUGGCCGCCGCCUGGACGCUCGCCAAGACCAAGAACGCGCGCGCCUGGAUCUCCGCCGCCUCCUACAUCCUCCCCAUCGUGUCAUGCAUCAUGCUGCUGACGCUGCCCUGGUCCAACCGCAACGGCCUGCUCGUGGCCAUCUACAUCCGCGGCACCGCCGGCAUCGCCUACAGCGUCGUCAUGAUCUGGGCCGCCAACUGCUCGGCCGGCCACACCAAGAAGACCGCCGUCAUUGCCCUGUACCACGUCGGCUACGGCCUCGGCAACAUCCUGUCGCCGCAGCUGUUCCAGCCGCAGUACAAGCCGCGCUACCUCGUGACGUGGGCCGUCAUUCUGGGCGUCGCGUGUGUCCUGCCCACCAUCAUCAUCCUCUACCUGCGGUGGUACCUCCAAAGAGAGAAUGCGCGCCGGGACGCCCUGGCGGCGCAGCAGCUGAUCCAAGAGAUUGGCGUGGUCGAGCACGUCGACGCGUCCGGCGAGCGCGUCGAGGAAGUGGUGGACGCCCGCCAGCUCGACUUGACUGACCGCGAAAAUCUUGCCUUGUACGUGCCACCCGACCCUUGA